AUGUUCAUAAUUCAUACUGGCUUACAUCGAGUCUCUCGCUGUACAUUAUUGCCAGCAUCAACACCCAAUGCUAUCUCAUAUGGCACGCAUCCAACAGUUCAACGAAAUCCUCCUCUCAAUAGCAAGACUUUUGUAAAGAUGCCGUUGGUCGACGUCCAAGCCUCCAUGCAUCCCCAUUUCCUCAAAAACGGAAGGAGACUCUAUCAAUCAUCGCUUUCUCGACUUCUGACCCAUUACACCGGUAGCUUCUCAUCUGGAUCCGCCCUGGCUGACCCCGGGCAAUUCUCACACUUGCAACCUGGAGCAGCGGGUACCUUCAUUUGUUUGACUGGUCCACUUGUCGCACGAUGA